ACAAUAUAUAUAAUAUAUAUUUAUAUGUAUAUAAUAAUUUAUUUGCGAGUAGUUUAUUCGCGAAUAAAAUGUUACUCGUCUCCGGCGAAUGAAUCUGAUUCGACUGCGAAUCUCUCAAUCGAAUGAACUCUUUUCAAAUAGAUGUAAUUACUCGUCGAUCGACCAACGAAUGAAAAUUUAAUUCCGCUUCGUCGUUCGCGAAUCGAACUUGGCCAAACUCCUGCGGACCGCGAAUCAUCUCCCUGAAGCAAACCGCCGCGUCCUAUCUCUCUCUUUCUCUCCUCUCUCUCUCUCUUUCUCUCUCUCUCUUCGUCUACGAUCCGAGCAGAGCGCGCUCCGAUUUGGUCACUCGCGGGACUUAUCGAUAUCGGUCGACCGUGGGCGGAAAAGAGGGACGUAUCUCUGCUCUCGGCGUCCUGCGAGCGUGUGUGCGUGCGAGCGAGCGAACGCGGAUCGGCGCGGACGCGGUACCGAUACACUUGAACGCGGCCGCACAGCCAAGAUAUCGCUAAGUGGGCGCCGAUACAAGGAACGGAGGAUCAGUCGAAAACCACCUGUCCCGCAAGGUGGAGGCUCUUCCACGGGCCGAUCGUAUCGGUGCCCGAGGCUGCUCUGCGGCGUCGAACGCGCGGACGAGACCCGCCGGGAGGGCCGAUCCUCCCGAAGCCGUGCAGCCAUGGAGAAGCUGAAGAGGAAGCGUAAGAGGGCCGACGGCCAGAAGAAAGUGUUGCUCUCGAUCGUCGAUCCCUGGGACGUCCGAGUGGCCAGUGUCGAUCCGGUCGGCUUGGCGGAGCGUCGAGGCGUUUCUCUAUCGAUCGCGCAGCCGCAAUCGAACGGGAACAAUCUGCAGGAGUCGACGUCGCCCGGCAGAACGAUCCGAAGACCACCCUCGCCGUGGUACAGGCCGGCCUACACCAACGCUUUGGACCCGAAUUCCAACGGCGGGACCGCCGAGUCCAGCUCCGCCGAACCCACCUGGGUGGAUCCUUGGCACUCGCCGACCAGAUCGCCGGUGGAAACUGGGUUCAGCACGCCGGUAUCGUCGCAGAGAUCGAGCAGGAAGAAGUCGCCGGCGAGGAGCUCAAGGCGUAACUGCGGCCUCCGGGACGAUCAGACAAUUCCGGGCGGGAAUGGGUUAAUCGGCGCGGCGCAGGAAAUCACGCGCGAUGAUUUCGAUCACGAGUACAGGGCCGGGUCAGUCGCGAGAGUACGAUUCGAGACGGAGGAGCGGCCCAGGAGUUCCACGUGGUGCUCGCCGUUGAAGGUAGACUCGGGAAAGAGCGAGACGCGCGCGUCCGGGAAUCUUCUUCUGCCUACCGUGAUCGUCAGUCCAUGCCAGAACGAUACCUCGACCGAAGGGAUAGACGAAAGGGAGCCAGGGAAGGACUGCUUGGAGGUCAAGGAUCCCACGAGGGGCUUCGAGGACAAGGAGCUGGUCAACGUCGUGCAGAACCUUGUGACUUCGAGGUACAGUCCGGUGCUGUCGAGCUCGCUGAGAAGAUCGAUCAGUCGCGCGUCAUGUCGUCGAUGCGAAUUUCAAAGAGGACCGGACACAGUAGAUCAGAAGCUGACCGAUCUUAACGCGUCGAAAGCUAGUACGGUGGCGGAACGGCGGCCGGAAGUCAUCGAGAACGGGACCGUCGCAGGACUCGUUCGUCCUGAAACGACUGGAGCACUGAACGCGGCGCGUAUUCGUAAAACCAGCAUAUCGAUGCCGAGUAAUCUGGACGAAAUGGAGGAUCUGCGGAUUGACAGGCAAAAGGGAACCACGUCGAAGUUUGGGAGGACCGAAAGCGAGGACAGCAGCAGCGUGACGUUCAGCAACAGCGGAUCAACACCGAAUGGGAGCCCGCUCGGCUCUGAAACCGAGGAGGAAGCGAACGACGAAGAAAUGGCCAAGGUUCCCUUGCAAGCUCCGCCUCGCAGGAAAAUCAGAACCGUGCCGUCGAUGAUGAACCAAAAACUGGGGGCCGAUCAGCUGGAGCUGCCGGGUGCGCAGAGCGCGAACUCGACGAUAACGAGCGUGAACAGCAUCAGCAGUUUGCUGAAGGAGAAGCUGCAGAUGUCUCUUCCUCAAGCCUUGCGCAGCAGCAAGAAGAGGCAGAACGCGGACUAUCGGCUUAGAGCGUUCGUUGGCAUACUGUUCCUCUGCGUCGUCUUCCUCGUCGGAUUCGCACAUAUAUAUUAUACUCAGCAUGUCCUGCAGCGAGCUUACUUCGACAAGUUCAGAUUCAACAAGAACGAGAGGAUGAUGCACGUGUACAGCAGCACAGGGGCUGAGGUGAUCGCGGCCAGAUUGGGCGAAGGGAUCCCCGCGGACACCGGGGUGUUCCCCUGUCUGCCGCAUCAUCAGAAACCGGACUCCGUCUGCCUGGAGUGGUUGCAGCAGACGCGUCUCUAUCUGGCGCACACGCAGCACGAGGACAUGCACUGCUACCACGUAACCUGGCAGAGCUUGAACCCUUUCUACAAGCCGACGGACUGCUUCGACUGGUCGGCGAAGCGAGGCCAUUGGUACGGAGUCGGCCAGGUGCACCAUCCCGCGAGUAACUUGCAGAACAUACCGUAUCCCCUCGAACGGGGAAGCCUCGAUCUCAGUCCGUUCAUCACCGGCGACGCCGCGAAACAUCCCUUCGGCAACGUCCUCAAGCGCUACUUCCUGAACUCAAAGGGCGCGACGAUCCUCGUCGACCCGGACUCGCCUCUCUACGUCUCUAUCAACGCCAACAAGAGCACCGACUUCUGUCUGCAGGCGCAGCACGACGCGUUCGCGUACAUCAACCACCUAACGCCGCUGCCGCAGCUGAACUACACGAUCUGCGCGACGGACAACAUGAAGAACCUGCACUCCUCCAUAGCGGAGAAGUCUCUGUGGGACGGAUUGAAGCCGGACGAGCUGAACGCGGUCCAUUCGCUGCUGUCGGAGCCCGUUUGGCAGAUCACGCCCAUGGACGAGGCCGCCAUUUACAAUUACACGGAGAACGUGAUCGCCCUCGGCUUCCUCCGGCAAGGACACGUCCUGCUGAGCGAGGAAUGGCAGCCCAGCACCGGCGACUUCGUCCUCGACGAGGAACGCUUUCCUUCCAUGGAGGAGACCAUCAAUAUCAUCCAUCGUCGCGGCUUUAGGAUCGUCUUCACCAUACAGCCCUUCAUAUCCACCGAAUCUGUGAACUUCAAGGACGCGGUUAACAACAGGCUUCUGAUUUCGGAGCGGGGCAGUGACCCGAGGAUACCUGCGUUGACCAGGUACAAGCAGGGCAACAGCGUAGGUGUGUUGGACAUCACGAACAACGAGACGCUGCCGUGGCUGCAGAGCAAGCUGGAGAGCCUGAUCAUGAAGUACCACGUGGACUCGUUCUACCUGGACCUCGGGACGGCGCAGGACAUGCCGCACUACUACAAAUGCGAGCAACCGUUGACCAAUCCGGAUCAUUACAAGACCUUGUUCACGAAGGCGAUCGUGGGCUCCGUGCCGGUGGUCGGUGUCUCGGGAGCGAUCUCCAGACCGCGACCGCCGGUGUUCGUCGCCCUGCCGCCAUUCUCUUCCUCGUGGAAGGAAAUCAAGACCGUGAUACCGACGGUGCUGACUUACGGAAUGAUAGGCUAUCCGUUCAUCAUGCCCGGGGCUGUCGGUGGGGACGUGGCGCUGCCGAUGUCCGACAACAACCCGGACAACGACCACGAGGUCAGCCUGCCGGACAAGGAGCUGUACAUCAGGUGGCUGCAGCUGUCGACCUUCCUGCCGGUGAUCCGGUUCACGCAUCUUCCCAGCAAAUACUCGGACGAGUCCGUCCUGGAGAUCGCCAAGAGGCUGACCACGCUCCGGCAGAAGACCGUGACGCCGUUGCUGAAGAAGUACGCGAAGGAGACACUGGAGACCGGUCUGCCCAUCAUCAGGCCCCUGUGGAUGCUGGACCCGGCCGAUCCAGCCUGCCACGUGGUCAUCGACGAGUUCUCCGUCGGCGAGGAGCUGAUCGUCGCUCCCGUCAUCUAUUCCGGGAGCAGGCAGAGGGAGGUCUACCUGCCGGCGGGCGUCUGGAGGGACGGGAUCGACGGCAGCCUCAGGAAAGGGUCCAGGUGGAUCCACAACUACAGAGUGGCCGAGGACAACGUCGCGUACUUCGUUAAAAUGCCCGACAACACUAGGUUUUGAACCGCGCACGCGGCCGGACCGUAUUUCACCGAGCUGUGCUCCGCGAUACAGCUGCUUUAUACUUUGCAGGAAGCAAAGUAUGCGAUAAAGACGGCCGACAGGGCCACGUUUCCAAGCGCAACGCGCCGAUUUUAACGAGAUUUUGGUAUAAUAUAGUUUGUUGGAAGCUGUUUUAUGCGUAUCUUUUUAUAUCGGCUACGAUGCUAAGCUGGAGGAUCAAAAAUAUGUCUUCGUUUUUAGAUAUCUCGAGUACUGGCAAGGCGCAGUAUACUGUUCGCUUUGAAAUGCGUGUUUUUAAUCGACUUGGAAACAUUUCCGGAAAAGAAAUUGAACAAUAUGAAAUAAAUUGUUUGAACAAUAUCGAAUUUAGAAAGCCGUAUCUUCUCGCAACCCAGAUAUGGAUUAUUUUGCCAAUACAAGAAAUGUUUUUCGACAGACUGUAUUACACUAAAAUCUCGUAAAAUUCGUCGCGUUACACUUCGGAAACGGUCUUCGAAGUAAGAGACAGUCUCUAGAGAACAUCUCUCGUUCGCACGUCCACGUAGUUGACCAGCGAUCGUUAGUAGAGACUGCUGAUAGUGCUUAAGAGGCGGGUACCGAACCUCGCCGACGCUCUGCAAGUAUUUAUUUCUUUAUACUUAGAAAAUAUAUUUAUUUCACUCGCGUCCACGCCAUUUGUUCGGGCGUACAGGCCGCGUUUAAAUCGCUGAAAAAAUACAGUCAUCUAAAAGCAUGAUCGUGGGCGCCGCCGCGGUCUCUCGAGCAAUCGGCGCGAGAUGCUCGCGUUGCUACUUCUCUUCGUGGGGCUGUUGCUGUCGCUCCUCGACGCGUUGCUCGACCGCGGCCGUGUGCGUUUGCGGUGCGGACAACGACAGUCUGGGCGAACACGUGUCCAGGAACUUCUGGAGGGUGCAGAGCUGGCUGAACAUGUCCUGGAUGUGGUUCAUGUGCUUCCACCGCACCGAUUUCAAGUGCUUGAUACAGUCCUGGUUCACUCCGCGGUGGGUCAGCAGGUCCUUCAAGGACCCGCAGCAGUCGCCCUGCAGAGCACGCGUUAAUUCUACGCAGGGCUCCUCUUUCACCAGUCCUCGCGUCGACUCGACGUUCUGUAAAUAUUAGAGUAGGCUAAAUAUACAGGGUGAUAUCGCGGUGGAAAUAGUUCUUUUUCUCAAAGGUCAUAUUUUCCGAGGUGUCAAGAUCGUCGAUGUAUCUUUAAACGGAAUCACGGCUUUCUAUCGUUAUAUCGUGAUAGCUAAGAUCAAGACGAAUCCGAUAACAUGUUAUAACACGAUCCUCGCGCGACCUUGAACCAGUAAUGUGCUUCAAUAAAGAAGUUUGCCGAAAAGUU